GCCUCAACUUCACUCUGUUUAGUGUUCACCGUUUUACCAUCCUUUGGGAGUACUGAUUGUGGGAUUCAGGAUGGGAGCAGAGAAUUCUGCAAAGGCACGGGGAGAUCUGUGCCGACGCGCCUCGGGGGUGUCCUUGGACCCCAGUUUUCCUGGCAAAUAGCUCUUCCUCAUCUUUCAAGAAUCCUAUGAAGAUAAACAGCACGCAGCUGGAGGUGAGACUCGAGUACUGCCUUAGCUCAGCAUGGCUAGAGAACCGGGACGAAACACAGCUCUGGAUGCCUACUCUUCAAAGGACCCGAUGGAGAUUCUAACUGUGAAGGUGGAGAAGGAAGAAUUCUCCUCCUUGGCUGCAGGCUCGGGUACACCCUGCAGUCCCAUCCUGGGCCCCGAGUGCUCCCGCCAGCGCUUCCGUGCUUUCCGGUACCCGGAGACUGCGGGUCCCCGCGAGGCGCUGAGCCAGCUGCGGGAGCUCUGCAGACAGUGGCUGCGACCGGACCUGCGCAGCAAGGAGCAGAUCCUGGAGCUGCUGGUGCUGGAGCAGUUCUUGACCAUCCUGCCAGGGGACCUGCGGGGUUGGGUGCGGGAGCAGCGCCCAGAGAGCGGGGAGGAGGUGGUGGUGCUGCUGGAGUCUUUGGAGAGGCAGCUGGAUGAGCCGAUGUCGCAGGUCUCAAGUGGAGACAGGAGGCAAGAACCACUCUGUUGUGAGGUGGCAUUGUUGACACUGGCUGAGAGGUCUCAGAGUAACCAGUUGCAGCCAAUGAAGGCCCUGCUCAAGCAUGAAUCUCUACAAGAAAGAGUGCCCCAGGCUCCUGGACUUGUUCACAGAGGAAGUUGCAGAGGAGAUGUCAUGGCAGCUGCCAGGUCCACUCUACAGGCCCAGGGAUUGCUGAAAAUGGAAGGUGUGGCCCUGAGCUUUUCCCCUGGAUGGACGCAGCAGGAUUCAUCACAUAUGAACCUCAUCAGGGAUGAAAGACAGAACUAUGGCAGCCUGGUUUCCCUUGGUCAAGAAAUGCAGAUUAAAACCAAUGAGGUAAGUGCAGCUGGAGAAUAUUCAGAACAAGAGCCUAAGCAGAUACCACACCACAUGGGUGAAGACAUUCCACAGGCUCUUCCAGAUGUAGAAGCUGGCGAGCUCAAGAGCACGUUACAAAGAAAGCAGAGAAGUGCCACGCAGAAUAGGCGGCACUAUUGCCGUGAGUGUGGAAAGAGUUUUGCACAGAGUUCGGGCCUGACCAAGCACAGGAGAAUCCACACUGGAGAAAAACCCUAUGAGUGUGAAGACUGUGGGAAGACCUUCAUUGGGAGCUCUGCCCUUGUCAUUCAUCAGCGAGUUCACACUGGUGAGAAGCCCUAUGAGUGUGAAGAAUGCGGCAAGGUCUUCAGUCACAGCUCAAAUCUUAUCAAACACCAGAGAACCCACACUGGGGAGAAGCCCUACGAAUGUGAUGACUGCGGGAAAACCUUCAGCCAGAGCUGUAGCCUCCUUGAGCAUCACAAAAUUCACACUGGGGAGAAGCCAUACCUGUGCAUCAUGUGUGGCAAAGCCUUUAGGCGGAAUUCACAUCUCCUAAGACAUCAGAGGAUCCAUACUGGGGCUAAAAAUGUUCAGGAGCCUGUGCAUGGAGAGGCCUGGGAAAAGGAGCGUAGAAUGGAAAGCCAUUGGGAAAAUACUGAAACUCCCAUGUCUUAUAAAUGUAAUGUGUGUGAGAGAAGUUUUACUAGGAAUAGAAGCCUUAUUGAACAUCAAAAAAUCCACACUGGUGAGAAACCUUACCCGUGUGAUACAUGUGGAAAAGGCUUUACUCGAACUUCUUACCUGGCUCAACACCAGAGAAGCCAUGUAGGGAAAAGACUUCUGUCACAGUGACCUGUUCUAUGUAUGUCAAUGUUGGUGCCCAUUUGUCAUUCAACUGAAGGCUCCACAAUGGAGCCUUUAUUGGACAUAGAAGUUAUGGGCUGGGGUCAUACCAGUUUAUAUCUCCAGGUGUUUGACAAUAUAGUCUGGCUGGAAUGAACUUUGUUUUAUGUUCUAGAAGCUGACUGGAUCAAAACUCAUUUGAUAAAAGA